AUGGGAAACGGAAAAGCUCUUGGUACAUUCCCUACACGCAAAAAGGCGGAGGAGAUUCAGCUCGCAUUUUGUCUAGUGUACGCGGUCGCAUAUCUAUCCACCGAAACGCCCAAGAAGGAAAAUGUUAUGGACCGCGGUCUACAGCGACAACCAUCGGGCGCGGUACCUCCGCGUCGACGUGCUUCUUCGAACUAUCAAACUGUUUUAGACGUAGCGGCAGAACGUCAUGUUGGCAUAAGUUCUCCGCCGAAUGAUCAGCACGUUGCAGCAGUCUUGUCAUCAUCUGGUGUCGAUCGCCCACCACGACCUGGCGCUGGCUCAUUCAAGCUACUACAAGCCAAAUUUGGCUUUCAGGAGGGUAACGUACGAAACCAGAAGGAACAUUUUGAGUGUUGGGUACUUAAUCAUGAAUCGAGACUUCUUAAGUCUGCCGUAACUCCUAUAGACACGGAAAAUGCUAUUGAGACUAUACACUUCAAGUUCUUUCGUAAUUAUGUCAAGUGGUGCAAAUUCUUACGUACCAAGCCUUAUUUACUUGAAACAGCGUCGUAUCCUGGUGCAGCAGAGCGUCAAGUUGCGCUGUUUUUACUUAUAUGGGGAGAAAGUGCGAAUUUGCGCUUUAUGCCCGAAUGUCUCUGCUUUUUGUAUCACAAGAUGGCUGCUAAAUUGAAUGAAAUUGAGAGAUUACCGAAUGCCCCUGAAGAUACAUUCUUACGACGUAUUGUGCGCCCAUUAUACUUGGUAGUAGCAGAGAUGCGCGAGGUGAAGGCAAAGAAAAAUGGCGCUAGUGUCGACCAUAAAAAUGUGACCAAUUAUGACGAUGUGAAUGAGUUUUUUUGGCAAGACGAUUGUCUGCACUUUGACGAAUUUAACGUGGCACAAGCUUUAAACGUGCGGGAUUACAAGACAUUUAAAGAGCGACGCAGCGUAUGCAACCCGUUCCUGGCUUUCUUUCGCAUUUAUUUUUUUCUUUUUGUCAUGCUGCAUAUUCUCAUUGUGAUCGCUUAUGUGGCUCAUCGUUCAGAUCCUGAUGAUACAGACGGUCUUAAGUUUUACGCAAAUUUCUUCUCCUCUGAUAUUACAGACGUUCGGAAACAUGCUUUUUACUCGAUUUUUGUCACUAUUAGUGGCUUACUUGCGCUUAAAGUAGUGCUUGACAUUUGGAUUUAUGGCACGCGCAUCUUUAGCCGCGUCGUGCAUACUGUGUCGGUAUUUGUACGUCUUGUUUGGCACACGGUCUUUUUUGGUAUUUUUGCGGCAGUGAACGCAGCCCCAUACGAAAAUGUUGUCGGUUCAAGCGAUUUGCUCACGAUGGCACCCCUAUUUAUUGGGGUGUACAUGCUACCUAUUGUUAUCGUAUCAAUUGUGCAGAUGUUCUAUCGUGGCAUUAUCUGGAAUUCAGCUCUUUUAAGCUCAAUGGAUGGAACGCGUGAGCAUUAUAUUGGACGCUCUAUGAAUCAAAGUUGGAGAGACUUCCUUAACUAUGGCUUGUUUUGGACUGUCAUUUUUGUGUGUAAGUUUUUGUUUAACUUGCAGCUAAUGGUAAAACCGCUCAUUGGGCCGAGCGUCGAGAUUUACAACGUAGACUUGUCGACUACGCAGCUGGAAAAUGGCAUUCUUGAGACGAAGCAUAAUAUUGCGUUUCUGAUUGCCAUGUGGGCACCGGUGGUGCUCGUGUAUAUCUAUGACUCUCAAAUUUGGCUAGCUAUUGCACAAUCGAUUGUAGGAGCUUGGAUUGGUUUUCGUCUUAAGAUUGGCCACUCUGCCCGCAUCAACGAGUUUGUCAAGCGUCUUCAACAAGCCCCGAGUCUUUUCGAUGAAAAAAUUGUGUCUGCUGCGGCUCGUGGUCAACUUGCUAUUAAUAAUAAUCCACUAUCAGCAAACUGUGCGGCUCCUGAUGCUAACAGCCGCCUACGUUUUGCCGUCGUUUGGAAUGAAAUUGUGAGCAGUUUCCGUCUGUCAGAUUUGCUGGAUGACCGUGAGACUGCUAUUCUCCAAUACCAGAUUUCAGAUACUGGCGCUGUUGAAGAGCCGGUAUUUUUGAUUGCUGGUGAAGCUCAAACGGCUGCGGAUAUCGCUGCAAGGUCGGCGAAUAAACGCUUGAGUGAUAUACAGUUGUUUAAAGAGUUAAAGAAGGCUGGCGUCUUAAAUUGUGCUAGAAACUGCUUGGAUAUUAUGUUUCAAAUUUUGCAACAGCUUUUGGGUCCUCAAGAAUCUGAAAUAGCUGGCGUGUUUCAUCAGAUUUUGGCUGGAGGUAGGGUAAAAGGUGUUGUAAACCUUUCUCAUGUUGGACUAUUGCGUGAAAACUUUGUUGACUUGCUCGCGAGUAUUUUGGAACUGCCGGAACCGACCGUAGGGCCGACAGGUGGCGCAUUUAUUUUCGAACACGAGCAGGUCCUGUUAGUCAUUCAGCGUGUGGAUGCUUUACUGAAAAGCAUUGAGCUGAUGCUAGAGGAAGAGUGGAUGGCAGAAAAAUUGCGCAAGUCAGUAUUUACCAAAAUUUCACCGGACCUUACUUACCAAAAGGAACAGCUCUUGUCGAUCUUUGCCGAUCGUAUUAGUCAGCGCGGCUCAAACUCACCUUCUCGUACCACUUCUCCUAGCUCGAACGAGAGUGUCGUGUCAUUAUCGACACGUCUCUUUUUCCUAUUGACAUUGGAUGCUGCUGAUGCGCUGCCUCGUUGUCAUGAGGCUCAGCGUCGUAUGAGUUUUUUCUUGAACUCUUUGCACAUGAAGAUACCUAAUAUUGAUUCAAUUGCAGCAAUGAAAUCGUUUUCUGUCAUCACACCGUACUACAAUGAAACAGUGCUUUUCUCUAUAGAUGAACUGAAUGGUCGAGUGGACUCAAACCCGCUGUUUCGUAAGGUUGAGCAAAAAGGUCGCGACCUGAGUAUUUUGAAGUAUUUAGUCACUUUCCAUGAUGAUGAGUGGGGCAACUUUCUCGAGCGAGUGGGUGUCUCGUCAAUGGACGAGGCUCUCGCGGCGACACCCACACAAGUUCGACUAUGGGCUUCCAUGCGUGGACAGACGUUGGCCCGUACUGUGCAUGGCAUGAUGAUGUACGAGGAUGCGUUGAAGAUGUUGCGGUGGCUGGAAAUUGGCUCUGACGAGAAGAUUUCGCAUUUGGAAAAGAUAAAACACAUGGAUCGUAUUGCUGGUCUAAAGUUCUCGUAUGUGACCAGUUGCCAAAUCUACGCCGACCAACUUGCGGCCGGUGAUUCGCGUGCGGCAGAUAUCGAUUUACUGUUGCGUAAAUACCCGAAUUGGCGCGUAAGUUACGUCGAUACGACUUAUCCAUCUAGUGUUGCUCGCUAUGAUUGUGUGCUGGUUAAGUCGGAUGGUGAUGAGAUUGUUGAGGUGUAUCGUUAUGAGCUGCCUGGUCAUCCCAUAGUCGGUGAAGGCAAGCCUGAAAACCAGAACAUCGCCAUGCCGUUCACUCGUGGCGAGUACUUGCAGACUAUUGAUAUGAACCAGGAACACUACUUUGAAGAAGCGUUGAAGAUCCCUAACUUUUUGGCAACAGCAACCAAAAAUGGUCAGAACGUAACUAUUAUCGGUAUGAAGGAGCACAUUUUUACAGGUCGGGCGUCGUCUUUGGCACAUUUUAUGACACUUCAAGAAUUGGUGUUCGUGAGUUUGACACAACGAGUGAUGGCGAACCCUUUACAAAGUCGUAUGCAUUAUGGUCAUCCAGACGUGUUUGAGAAAUCCUGGGUUAUGUCGAAUGGUGGUGUGUCGAAGGCUAGCAAAGGAAUCAAUUUGUCGGAAGAUGUAUUCGCGGGCUACAACGUGGCGCUUCGUGGUGAGAAGGUGACUCAUGAAGAAUUUAUGCAAUGUGGAAAGGGUCGCGAUGUUACGUUGAGUCAAAUUAAUGCCUUUGAGGCUAAGCUUGCCAACGGUAGCGCGGAAAGCUCGCUAAGUAGAGAGUCCCAUCGAAUGGGCGCUGGUAUGGAUUUUUUUCGUUUAAACUCAAUGUUUUAUGGCCAUAUGGGCUUUUACAUUUGUAACGCAUUGGUGGUGCUGUGUGUUUUUGCGUAUGCUUAUGGCAAGGUCUAUAUUGUGCUGCGCGAGGAAAUAGAAGAAUCUGCCAUCAUUACAACAAACUAUCUCGACGAUCUUGCUGACGUUAUGAAUACGCAAUUUAUAUUCCAGUUUGGUAUGCUCAUGACCAUUCCACUGAUAGCUACGCUAUUCGUUGAGUAUGGAUGGCACCAGGCUUUAGUCAACUUUGUAGAAUUAAUUGUCACGCUUGGCCCAGUCUUCUACAUUUUUGAGACGGGCACUAAGUCGCACUUCUUUGAUGUCGCCAUCAUGCGUGGUGGCUCCAAGUAUCGUGGUACUGGUCGUGGUUUCGCCAUCGUUCGUGAGACUUUUGUAAACUUUUACAAGGAGUACGCUGCUUCACACUACCGCAAGGCUGUUGAGCUUAUGGGUUUGAUGAUUAUCUUUGGAAUUUUUGGUAACUUUAACAUUGGUACGAAUGCACUGGCUGAGUACUGUGCUACUGCUGACUUUGACUGCGAUGCAAACCCGGACCUUAUUCCGUCAAAUGUAACACUUUUGAACUCAUACAGCUCGAAAGGCCAGGACUAUGGUAUCGCCUCAUUUGCUGUAUGGCUACUCGGGGCCUGCUGGCUGCUUGCGCCGUUUAUGUUUAACACCGAUGGCCUGGACUUUUCCAAAACGCGAGUGGAUAUUACAUAUUGGCUUUCAUGGCUCAUGUCUGUCCGAGAGGAGGAUGAUAGUGAACGAUUGCUGCCGAACCAUGUGAGCAGUCAUUCUUCCAACCCGCGGGAUACGUGGAAUGAUUUCUACAACUACGAGUCCAGUAUAAUGUUCUCAAUAAGCACAACGAGCCGCAUUGUUUAUGCUUUCCGUGAACUUCGCCACCCACUUGUCAUGUACUAUAUUUUCAUUUUCUCAUUCGACCUGAGUCAGAUUGGCAUGCUGUUGGCGUGUGUGGUAGCGAUUGCUUUGGCUCUGUGGAUUGGUGGGUUUGGUCUGGGUAGGUGUUUGCGCAACAAGGCUCGCGUCGUGCGUGCGCUGCUGUACGUGCUAAUGGUUGUAAUGAUUGGUGUGGCUCCCUUCAUCGUGGGCUCGAUGCAAGAUUGGAACGGACACAAGUCGUUCUCGUUGACAGUGGCCAUUUUCACAGGAUUGUUUGCACUCACACACUUCCUGCAGUUGCUUCAUGGGAUAUUUGGUCUGCACAUUGCCAAGUGGGGUCUUGUGCGAGAGCUUGCUUUCUUCUUUGAUGUAGUUGUGGGUCUGUUUCUCGUUCUCCCUCUUUUGGUGCUGUCGGCUUUUCCGUUUAUGAAAACCAUACAGACGCGCAUGAUGUACAAUGGAGGAUUUUCACGUGCUCUCAGCUCCGGUAGUGAGUUUGCUGCCGCGUUGAGUGUGCUUGUGGGUGGCCUUGGUGGCUUUACUUACGGUUGGCUGACUUGCCUUAUUUUCUCGUUAGGAUACGUGAACUCGUCCUCGGACAAUUUUGUGAAUCAGUCGUUUAGUUUUUUUAACAAUGAACGACUGGACGGCGCGUUAGAUUUAAGUAUGAUCAAAGUCUAUGCUGCUGGAGCUGCUGCUGUGGGAGUUGCAGUAAGCGGCGGUUUAGCUCACGCAAUUGGUCGUCGCUGGACAAUUGAGGCCUCGUGUAUUACGACAAUUGCGGGUUGUGCUCUGGUGUGGCUGGAAUCAAGCUCGGUGGUGCUGAUAGGAAUUUGUGCCGCCUCAUCUGGCAUUGCGAUGCUCGCGUUUGUCUGCCCGUUGUAUAACUUUGAAAUCUGUAUGCAAGGUUGGAAGGGUAAAGGUGUUCUCAUAUUCCUUUCAAGUGCUGCACUGGGCUACAUGAUCGAGGCUGUGCUCAUUGAUGACAUCAAUGCAAAAGCCAUGUCGAGGAAUUGGGCUAACUCGCCGUAUCAUGAUUGGCAAUGGCAAUUUAUCUUUGGUAUACUUCCACUCUUACUGCUUAUGCCUUCUGCUUUCUUUCUCCCGGAAAGCCAUUACUGGGAGUAUCGCCGUAAGAACGAUCCAAAAGCAGCUGAGGCGUCUUUAAUGCGUCUCCGCCAGCGUCACGAUGUGCUUGAGGAAGCUCAUGAGAUGAAGGAAUCGUUUGUGAUAAAAAAUGGUCAUAUAAAUUUGCCUUUCCGGAUCAUGCUCGUUGUUGUGCUUCAAGCGACGUUUGCACUCUUUACAUCCGGUGCCCUGCUGCACCGUGUACUCGUACAACCGACUCCCAAUCAAGAUGGCGAGCAAACAUCGAAGUGGGCGACUUAUUAUGGAGUCAUGACAUUUCUCGGCUCCACGCUAAGUUUACUUACAGUCGACAAUUUGCGCCGUAAGACGAUAUUUAAAGACAUAUUGCCAUUUUCUGCAGCGCUUUCGGCUGCCUGUGGCACUAUGGGUCUCGCCGAGCAAGAAGACAGCGCGAUUACUAAAAUUUUGGUCUGUGUUGUAUUUGUCAGUGGUGCACUCAGUCUCACGUGUGGCACGUGGCUCACUGCAAUUGAAGUGUUUCCGCCGUACCAGAAUGGACGAUACAUUGUCAUGUCUUUUAUCGUGUACUACGCGGUUCAGGCUGCAAUUUAUGUGGCUGAGCCUUCAUUUGCUAUCAGCCACUUGGCUUUCGCCUGUCUCUGUCUGGUGCUCACGGUCGUGAUGUUUGCAGUGUGUGCCAGCUCUAAGGAUGGUGCAAUAGAACUCAAAAGCGAAAAGAAGAUGCGCAAGGAGGCUGAAGCCGCUCGAGAAAGAACGUCUUUUGCACCCAAUGCGUCUCGUCAGCAGAGCUUUAUGCGGUCCCACAUGCGUCGGUCUUCGUCUCACUACUCCGCAGCAACCCCACUGGAGGCUAGCUACUCAAAUUUUGAGUCUCCUGCUAGCAUUCACGUCAACGGCGGCACCCGGAGGAUUAUGGAGGUGGAAGAGCUCGAUCUUGUGCGCACGGAUGCGGCUGUGGCGAACUUUGGCGCUGAUAUGAGCGAUGUGGCGCAGAUUGAACGUAUAUCGCAGGAAAGUGUCGAAGAUGCGACAGAGGAUGCAGCCAUGGACGCGGAAGAUGACGAGGACGGGUGGAUGCCGAAGCCUGCGCGCUUGCACACGGGCCGUACGCGAUCUUGUGCGGUGUGCUAUGCACCCCUGCAGUACACAACAGCCGUUAGCUGGGAUGAUUAUUUGCAGAGUGAGGAAUAUCUUCAACAAUUACAGGCUAAUAUCCUGCAGGACACUUUUAUUUCGAGUCUGAUAUGCGGCGAGAGCACGGCGGGCGACCUGCCGACGGAGCAUCGAAUGCACAAGAAUAGGAAAUUAAAGUGUCGACAAAGUGUAAAUGAUUAUCGAAAUAUGACGAGCGCUGGAGUGGUAGAUGAGUACGCUAUGGAAAAAGGGUCAAUUAAGGCCCUCGAAGAAAUGCUCAUUGAAUCGUUGCCCACGCCCGUGUUUACGCACGUGCUGGAGAGGAGACUGGCAGUCAUUUCUCACAGUUCGAAGACUGCUUGUGAGCUGAUGAGUCACGAUAAAGUAAAGAAGACUCGACGACCAGUAGAAACUGUACCAGGAGAUGAAGAGCUGCACCAUCUAGCGAUCCAUACACUGGGAGCGAUACUUCGGGGGUUCGACUAUACAGGCUCACACGCCUUACGAUCAUUUGAAGAAUUGUCGCAAAUUCUGACGUGCUUUCCAGUGCUUUCGUUGUACUCAUUUUGGAGUCCGAUAAAGAAGGCUCCUGACAAAGUUUUGGUCUUAGAGAAAGACGAGAUUGUAGCGACUUCUGUGACGUCGAGUCCGGAAUCACAUGACGCAUAUGGGGCGGUUGAUGGAUUGGAUACUACAUAUUGGCAGUCACAACCGAGACCUGGUGCUGUGUACUUCACUGUCAAGUCAAUUGAAUUGGUUAAAGUGACGUCAAUUGAGAUCCAUUGGUACAUGAAAUAUGUACCGCAAACUGUAGGCAUUCAGUAUCGUACAAAGGACAGUGAGGACUUUGAAAGUGCGGCUGACGAUCAAUUGGUAGCGUCAAAUGGCCCUACGCUGAUCGAAACAAGCUUUUCAGAAACAUGCAAAGAAGUGCGAAUAGUUAUGACGGGAAUGCCGUCGUCUAAUCGCAAUGGAAUCUACGCAAUUAAGCAUUUGCGACUUAAUGUGCCAGCUUCCGGAUCCCUUUUUGCCGACCCAACAUCGACCGUGAGUGCAGUUGCUUAUUGGCUCAACGGGGCUUUGAAAAGUAGGGAUGAAGUGAUGGCGGCUGAAGCCAUUAGUGCGCUGAGGGCCUGGGCAUUGGCGACGGCGUCACUUCAUGUUACGAUGGUAUUCGUGAAAAUGCUGUUGGACUUGCACACAGAGGAAGACAACCCACGUCGGCGUAGGAUUGCAGCUUUGGCAUUUGAACAAGGAAAAUAUUUGUUAAAAGGAGUGAUGGCAUUUCAUCGGGCAAAAAUAUAUCAAACUACGCGCGAAAAUGAGAAAGCCGGCUCGGCAGACGUCCGGAAUGUUAGCGCUGUGUUUGAGUCGUCAAUUUGCUCGACUGGCGUGGUUAUCGAGGAUGGAGGUGCCUCUGUUCGAACACGAGAAACGAGCUAUCAGUAUGCGGCUGCAAAUUGCGAAAUAUCUUCGGGCAAAGCAUCUUGGAAGUUCCGCCUUGAUACAGACACGCAAGACGAUGAAAUGACUUGUUUUGGUGCAGCUAUACUACCUGUGUCGGUCAACGGAUAUGACUCAUCGCCCAGUCUUUGGAUGCUCCGCGGUUAUAAUGGUAAUUUAUACGCACGUGGACAUAAGCUCAGUCGAACAAUCGGCAAAGUGCACCCUGGCGAUAUUGUACAGGUUGACGUUGACAUGACUAAAGGCACUUUAGCGUAUAAAAUUAAUGGGACAGAUUAUGGUGUUGUAUUUACUGAUCUUGCUGGCCACGAAGUACAUCCUGCUGUCUCAUUUUAUGGUUCUGGUAAAGUCAUUACUUUAUUGGGAAUCACUAAGUGGGACUAUACCACUCGUGAACCUUUGAACGCUGAGCCGGUAUUUCUAUCAAGCAUACAAGAGCACCAUUUUUCUGUUGGAUACGGGACGCUAGGAAAGGGCGGUCAGUUGGGAUAUGCAAGUAACGAAAACUCUGAUAGUCUGAGAAACGUGGUAGGUGCCGAUAGCAAUUCAAUUCGCAUCCAGGGUGAGAUCAAGCAACGCUGUAUAUCGACUCAUCCUCCUUCUAAGGGUGAUGCGUACGUGAUGUACGAUUUGUCCGAAGCAUAUCGAAUGUUCAAAGGCGCGGUUGCUAUUAAUGACGAUGCACAGAAUGAGGUUCUUCAAACAAAUGGAGUCUCUUUAGUGUUUAAAAUAUUUGGAGAUGAAAAGCUGUUGUGGCAAUCGAAGACAACCUCUGAGACAUUUCACAUCGAGCCGUUUGAAGUGAAUGUCCAAGAUGUGCGAAUGCUGGAAUUAAAGGUGUCGUGCUUGGGCUCAAAUCACUGUGCCCACGCCGUCUGGGUUGACCCUUACUUGCUAUCUGUUAAGGAUUGGGUUUGUCAUAAGUGCUCUUUCUCUAACAAAGGCUUCUCAAAAAUAUGCGCGGUUUGCAGAUUUGGCACCCGCGACAAUAGCCGUACACUUAAUGAAGUGAAAGUGGUAAGUGAGCCGAAAUCGCCAGCACUGAUUGCAAGCGAAGAUGGGGUUGAAGAAAUGGAAGCUAUCAGCGCACUUGGCGUUGAGAUUGUAUCUCGACUUGAUGAGUUAUGCCAGCAACAAUCCCCGCAAUCAAACUCAGGCGUAGUUUUCGCCAAAUCCUCGAUCCAAUUCGAGGAACCAUUUUGCCGGCAACCUAACAAGGAUGUUUUUUCUUUGCUGCUCGUUGUUUUGCAGCACUACCACUCUAAUUGCAUUUAUCCUGGGGCCGUUUUGAGUGUUGAAAAUGCUCAAAACGGCUGUGUACGCAUUUUGGGAAUAAUAAGUGCAAAUCUGGAAAGCUUACAGUGCCAUGACGUCAAAGGUUCUUGCGAAGAACUCGACGUCUCGUCCGACAUAGUCACUGAUCUACGGCAUGAAAUUGAAGCGAUUGCCCAAAUUCGUAAGGAACAUGAUUGCAUAACGGAAACAUCGACUGAGAGCAUUAGCAUGGCAGCAGCCCGAACACUUGCUGCCAAUAUCUCUGCCCUGUAUCAAUCUGGUUUGGAUAAACUAAAACUGCUGCUCGAGUUGUUGCAUUUGUAUACCGAGCGCCCACUUGACAUCACAGCAUCAAGUUCUUUUAUAUUAAUGUCAGUGAUGACGCGUCUUGCUGCUCCGGGUCCCGAUGGAAUAUUGUCUUUUAUGCCUUUCAUGGCCGCUGGAGUUGCAAAGAACAAAGAUACACGUUUAAAGGUGACUGAUCAAAAAACAUGGCUUGCUGCAGUGACAGAAACUUUAAGCCUCUUGAUGAAAGUUGUUGUAAAAGGUCACCAAGAACAAAUCAAGGCUGACAUUGAAUGCAGAUCACACACAGCUACUGGUAAUGACUAUCGAUUACCUAAUGUAGCAUUACAACUGCUAAAGUCGUAUCAGCUAUAUCUGCUUUCAGAAGCAAUCGAGUUGACAAGUAUGAACGCCGUCAAAGAUGAUGCAGCUUGUGCAAAAAGCUCAAUGGAGCUGAGAGCGAAGCUGCAACGAAGAUUUCAAGUUCAGGAAGCAACGCUUCACUUCAGCCUUUUGUCGCUGCAUGCCUGUCGAAAUUUUAUCGACAGUGCAAUCGCAUUUCAGGCAGAUGAGUCGUUUCUUCUAUCAAAGACUGCAGCGGAUAGUAGAGCAAGUGUUCGCACAUAUUGCAUUCCCCUGCUUUCAGAGCUACUUCCGUGGUUUGUAUCGUGCUUGUGCCUCUUACGUCGUCAAACAUGGCUUGCCCGACCGAUCCUUCCUGCUGUUGUCAGUCUUCUCGAUGCGCUGGAUCACUUUUGCUCGGAAUCUCAAAUUGUAAGCAAAUCUGCUCAUCGUUUUCAACUACUGGAAUCCUAUCAAAAAUCUCGACAAAUUGAAGCACAAGAAUUAGAGCGUGCCGCAAUAAAUGAAAAAGAUUUGGCUUCUCGGAGCCUUCCAUCAAAACGACUGUAUAACGUAUUUCAGCAGCUCUAUACAGGAGAAAAAGAUCAUUUUGACGGCCAGAUCGGGUUUCAGUUUGAGGCAACAAGCUGCUUUAGCAUUGUCGCACUGGGCCGCUCUGUCAAUCCAACGAGGCAUGGCGGAAAUCUAACACGAGAUCAUACAAUUCGGCUGUGGGAGGAGGGAUCCCAACUUCUUGUUGCUGAGAUUACUGUCGGAGGAAGCUCAGAAAAAGAUUCUUUAGGGUACGCGCUCGAGAUACUUCCGUCUCCAUUAAAAAUUACCCAGGGAAAACGAUACCGAUUGACGACCCAGGAAUUCGCGAACGGAGGAGAUCCGUGGUAUAAACGGGAAAAUCUGCCGGGUGAAGAAUACGAUGAGUCGUUUAUUCGUGUUCUUCGUGACUGCUAUGCUUCCGGAUCGGUUGGGUUUCCAGGCUCUCAAAACAUGACGGGCGCUGCGUAUGGCGUACCAACAAUUUUUAUUUUAGAUGAGACACCGCUUGCAAAUCUUUCGCGAUUUGUUCCCCCACAUGGAUGUCAUUCGCUACGAUUUAGUCCGACGAACAAGCUAAAUUCCGUCCGUAUCAGCCACACCGGGACAACUGCCUACGCCAAAGAUGGUACUGAUGCAUGGCGCACAUGUCUAUUGCGAACAGAAUUUCUUCAUGGUGUUCAUUCUAUCGAUUUCGCGUUGAAUAGCUCCCGUGUUGGGGGGACAGUAUCUGGACAUAUUUGCAUCGGAGUUGUCUGGCGACAGCCAUUAAAAAACAACUACCCUUACGAUACAUUUUUGGGCGAAGUACAAUCUAGCAUCGGUUGGAUGCCUUCGAACGGUGCCGUUUGGGUUGAAGGAGUGCGAUAUGACUACGGCACAAAGAUCUCAAUUGCUGCCGGUGACAUAUUUACCAUAACGAUCGAUUUUGAUUCACAGCUGGUAUCGUUUGCAUACAACGGAGAAAAUUUAGGGAUCGCGGUGGGACCUGGCGAUUUUCGCCCGAUCGGAACGACAAUAGCGAAAUUGCCUGAAGUUGUUACGGCUGCUGUGUCUCUCUACGGCGCCCAAGAUGUCGUUCAAGCUCGUUCGUCAGGGAUUGCAAAGUCGACGCUUCGUAUACAUUGGUUAUUCGACUUACAUAACUCGUUAGCAUCUCUUGCCGGUCGAAUAACUAGCACCCUAAUUGCGGGCGUUCCAAUCGAUGGUGUGGAGGAAGAGUUGCUGCCCUGGCUGCAAUCACCACUUCUUAGCGGAGGCUUUGCUGAGGGUUUCCUUGGCCAGGAACAAGCCCAUUUAAGCUUUCCGUUGCGUUGGAGUGAUGCGUUGCGAGCAGAAUACACCCGCCUGCCAUCGACUGAUCAGAUAGUUGGGGCAAAUUCGAUGUCGACCUUGUCUCAGAAUGCGCCAGCAAAUUCAGAGCAAGAGUUUCAUUUCGCAAAGCCUGCAAAACGAUUCGAAGCUUCUGACGCUGUUCAACAGAGCAACUUUGUCUUCUGGAGCAACUGGACGAAAGAUAUGUCAGAGCGAGGUACUGUGCAACUGAUUUUGUCUUGGCUAGAAAAACAUUCUCCAGAUCGUACAUUUUUGAGCCGCCUUGGGAGAUUUCCGGUAUGUGAGAGAUGGAUGGGUGCGGCGUUAAUCAUGCAUGCACCAUCUCACGUACUGCAAGAGGUUGAAGCAAUUGCUGCAGGAGCAGGAGCCAGUAUGGCUGGUAGAGUUGUUGGAGCUGAUUUUUUUCUUGCUCACGCGAACUUUUCUCCGUCCAGUGAUCUGAUUCAAGUCUGGAAGCGGAUUUUGAUGCUUCGUCAUUGGCUAAUAAAGACCCGGCAAGAAUAUCGGGCAAAAGAAGCAGACGAAAAUUCUUUACAUGAGUCUGCGCGAAUCGAGACGCCAGAGGGGCGCGAUUUUUUAGUAGCAGAUGGUUUUGAUUCAGCAAAGCGCUUAAGCGAUGACAUAAACUUAGACCAAAUCGUGAUGAUGCCCAGGUCGUUCGACGAUCUUGUCAAACAGGUGAUUCAGCGAGCUGAAUUUCUGUGCAAGCUAGCACCACCGUCCGAGGAAGCAGGGCGUCUUAAAGUAGACUCACAAAUCGCACUUUUUAACUUGGCGGAAAAAUGGGGUGCACAAAAGACACCGCCUUCACUACAGCCGAUGCUUGAGCGAUGGAAGGCGCUUGGUGAGGUGGACAGCUCAAAGUGGUCGGGUAUUGUGGACAUUCUGCGAGCUCAGCAUCGCUGGAGAGCUCGGCGUGCUUCAAUACUAGGCAUCUCCAAACCGUUUUUCAGUGCUACUUCUGGAUCCGCUACAGUAGAUGACAGCGAGGACACAGAAGCCUCUGUCCAUCUGCAGGCGAGCAAGAAAUCCGAUUAUACGAGCACAUUUUCAGCAAUGAUGAAGGCAUGUGAGCUGUAUAUUCGUGACGGAUCAGGUGCGCCACCUGAAAUACUUUCAUCGCUAUUGGAGCGACGUCAGCGACGAUCUGAUUCUCGCCUCUUCGGUCUCCAAGCAAUGAAAAGUAUUCUUUCAAAACUCUCGUUCGAUUCAGCCAUGCAUAAUGUCCUAAUUUUUUUGCGUCCAGCUAUGCGAGGUUUCACAGACAGUGAAAAAGAAUCGCGUGAGUUAAAUGAUGGUCAAGUUGUUGCCGAAACAUUUCGAGCUACCGUUCGCCACCAUUACCUAAAGGGACUGGAAGGCUGUAAUCGUCAGACUAUCGACAGUGUCCAAGACGCCUUUUGCAAUCUGUACGCUUAUUUGGCUCAACUUCUCGGCGGAAGCACAAGCUAUACUCUGUCGGAUUCGCAAUUGAAGCAAACGAUUAUAUGUGCUUGGAGUCUAGAUUUUGAGCCACGGGAUCAUCAGUUUCUGUUAGACGUUGGAAUUUUGACUAGAUUGCAAGAAAUCUUUUCAAUCAGCUCGGUGUUACGUGAAGCAUUGACAAGAAAAUCAAGCAAUGGUCCAUCGCGCAACUUAGUAAAAGGUUACUCGAGCAUUAAUUGGCAUCCGCUGUCCGAGCAAUUUGUUCAACAGGGUCUCCUGCGCAAUAGAUAUGUGACCAAGCGUGAUGUCGUUCGCCUUUUGCAUCGCGUUCCUAAUUAUGCUUGCUCUUCGAUCUUGUGGAAGCGAAAUGGGCUGGAUGAAGAUUGCUUAAAUGUUACUAAUUCGUUGACUGCUUGCCACACAGCGUCGUCGCUGUCGCUGUUGUAUGCUGAAAUGCUUUGUGUACUAUCAAAAAAGCUGCUAGGUCCUCCAGCUCAUAUCUACCCAUCCAAAGUACUAACCUUUGGUGCCAUUUUCACUCCUGCAAUCGCAAAAGGUGCCCAGUCUUCGAAUUGCAAACCAGAUGACAUCAGUUAUGUCGAAAUGCCAGCUUUGGGUGAAGUACACGAUUUUACGAUAGAAAUGUGGCUGUUUCCAGCUGAGUUGGUGGGCUGCCAAGCUUUGCGAUGCGAUAAUGAUCUUCAAAAUGGCAGCGUGUAUCUGGAACUGAUCGACAGACACCUACAAUUGUCCAUUCCGGGUAACACACCGCGGGAACGAAUGUUCACGUCGUACCAGUUCCGCACUUUUGAAUGGACUCAUUGUGCGGUGGCUUACAAUGCAACAGCGAAGUAUAUCGAGCUCAUCGUAAACGGUGACUUCGUAGAGAGAAUGGAAUUUGGACGGGUGCUGCGCUUACCGACUGCUUUGCGCAGAGGAGAUUUAAAGGAUCAAUUGCAGAACAUUCCGUUGACGACGUACCAAGACGAUUCAUCAUUACCCAAGUCGCGUAAUUUUACUCGAGAUUUGAUCGGCCUUUGGCAUCUAACAGAAGGAGAGGGUAUCUGUGGAUUCGAUUCCGCUUCCAAUUUUAAAGCUUUAGGUGAAGGUCCUGAAGCCAGAGGCUUUAAUGUGUCAAUAUCGCAUUGUCGCUGGGCUCCGGCAAAUAUACCAGUCUUUGGCAAUGACGCUUUAAAUAGCAUGUCGUCGAUAGAAUGGGGUCGAGUUUUGAGAUAUGUUGGUUUAUUUCAGCGAAAGGUUCGGCUGUGGCUGAGAGACGAGUACAAUGGAUCUAUCACGCUGUCAAAACUGAUCUGCGAGCAGGACGAACUUGCCGCAAUUCAAAAGUCGAGCUAUCUUAAUCAAUAUGGUGAUGAUGACGAUAGCAGUAUUUCAGCCGAUGAUGAUAAGGAGUGUCCUGACUCGAAGAAAAAUGAAUCUGACACGACUCGCCAAGCAAUUGAUGCCAAUACAAGUCAGCUUAUUUCCUGUUGGAAUGCUUGCACAGAUGAACAGAUGCUUCUCAGUAAGCAAAUACGAAAAUGUGCCUGGGUCGUCUUCCGCUUUUUAGCCUCCACCGGUUUCAGUGGUGCUUUUGAGAGGCGCGAGGGAGAAGCCAAAUUAGUUGCUGCUGUUGCAAGACUUAAGAGAAAGCAGCGACUCCAAAAGGAUGGUACCAGCGAAAGUCCAGCAGAAGGUUCUGAACUGUCCCACCCCCAGACAAGAAAUUUCGAAGACGCCGCCCGCACAGCUGAAGCAGCUAGUGAUGCUGCUAAGAGUGCAGCCACGAAUCGAGAAUUAGAAGAGCCCGUACUUCAGACGUUAUGGUUCACAAAAGAGUUUCAUCGGAAAGUGUUUGAAGUACUUGAUAAGGAACUUAUACAAGGAAAAGAGCUGACUCAUGGAGCUGAUGGACUUACGCGUGCUCAGCGGAUGCUUCGUUCAGUUUCAACCCCUGCUCAAAAGCGUGGCGCAAACCUUCGACAUUAUCCAAGCGAUGUAGCACGAGGCGAAUCCGGAUUUUCAAAUAAUCAUCAGGACGCGAGUGAUUUAACUAGCGACGGCGGGGUUCUGGAUGCGCUUGAAGUUGAGGCGCACUUGUUCGGUGUUUUACUAUUCGUGCUUUCUCAAAGCACGCAGCCACCUGCGAUAAUUUAUUUUAUUCGUCCACCGAUGCUACAAGGGCUUCUUGAAAUUCUUCGAAUAGCUUCUCCUCGAUGCCAACGUGUUGUCAAACUUCUUCUCCGAAGAAUCUGCUGCAGUGGUAGCGUCAAACCGUCCGAUGUUGGAGUCAUUCUUGGAUCCGAGUCAGUAUUGAUCGAUUUACUGCUUGAUCAGGUUGCCGAAUCUGUGUGUGCCGCCACAACACCUACGUUACUGCAUGCAGCUAAUGUAGCCACUAGUAACACGUUGCUCACACCUGAUCAAAUGGUAUCCACAGAAUCUUUGAGCAACCCGCUUGGUUUUAAUUCAGGCCAGAUUUCACUGGUUGUGGCCUCGGAGAGUGUGGCGCUUUUACGGCGGCUGCUUGAGGAAAAGCAUUGGCACCAAAGUGUGGCCGAAAAUUUGUGCAGCGCUAUUCGUAAUAUUUCGCCGCUCCUUGUCAAGAAAAAGUUAAGUCAACCAUCACUAGAGGCGACUGGUGCAGACCUAUCAGGCAUCCGGUUUAGGACAGCAAUAAUUCGUGCUGUUGGUGCUCUAUGCGUGCUUUGUUCUCAUUCUGAUUGUAUACGAAUCGGUGGAAGAGUUGUUGUCGCUGCUCAGGGCGCCAGCGGUAGUGGUGUUGCCCAAGGCGUCGAUGAAAGAGAGCAGGUCGUGAGUGCUACUUUAAUCGAGAUGAGCUCACAUGCUGCAACUGUGCGUGUAGUUUUCCAUCCAAGUUCCUCUGCUGCUGAUUUCGAUCCUAGUCACAAUAUUCAAGAUGUAAAACUUUCAUCUUUGUCGCCGAUUGAAGAAAUUGAUCUACAUCCGACGGCGAUUCCUUUGACGUUUGAUAUGAUGCCGGUUAUUUUACAGCUUGCAUCUCUCGAUGAUUCAAAUGUCCUUGUCCAUUUCGACGACCUUAGCCAACUACAGAUCCGAUCUCGCGCUUUGUUGGCUCUAAGAGUUCUCUUUCGUCAUUCGUUUGAUGCCACAAAAAAAUUUGCUGGUGACAUUUUGGCCCAAAAUUUGAUUCAAUAUGCUUUAACGCCGAUUAAAUUAAAUAGCUUUCUAAGCUUACCAGUGCUGCAGGAGCGUGGUCGGAUGAUUUUGUGCCGGCUUAUCGAGUCUGCAACUCCACUUGGUGAAGCUAUGUUUCGGGGACUGAAGAAUCCUACGGCACCAGUCCUCUCCGCGGCUGAAACAACUGGCAUUUCAGAUGGUGUUGAAGCUAUUGACGAUCCGAUCGAAGACGAAACUGAACCAAAUCGUGUUCGAAGAGGAUUCGCCACAACCUUAGCUGCCAUGGGUUUUGAGUUCGACCUGUGUGUGGCUGCACUAGAACACACACGCGAUGACCCAAAUCUCGCAGUUGAAUGGCUGAUGGGGGAUGGAGCAGCUUCAUACCAAGAGCGACAGGAAGCAAAAAGACUAGCACAGGCGAAUAUGGCUGCUUAUGAAUUUGCUGAUGGAUUGGACGGGUCUUUUAACUCGACGCUUGAAGCAAAAGCAAAGGAACUUCAGAAUAUAUCUGGUAAGCCUUAUUGCCUUGCCUUUUGUGCUCUAGAGCUUUCGAACAGCGACCCAAAUCGUGCUAUGGAAUGGCUGAUGGAGUACGGGGAUGAGUAUGCUAAGAAAUAUGACUCGGUGGAUGAGUUAGUUGACCCAUUUAUGACCGCGAGGGCUGCUGUUCUAGACGAUAUAGCUGCCUUGGAAGAAAUUGAUCGGCCUGAUCCACUUGUGACGACUUUUGAGAGCCAGGGCGCGAUUUCUGCUGAUGAUUUACGCCCAACUGCAUUGACGCAAUGCCCAAAGAUGUCUUACGUGCUUGACGUUGACGCCAUGGCUGUAACUCUAGCUCCAAUUCUGGCUCCGAAAGGUUCUGCUAAGCCCAGCAGUUUAAAUGCUCAAGCACCAAAUGAUGCGAGCGUGGCAGCUUUUUCGCCACUAGACCCUGAGUAUUUAACUUUAAACAUUCUUCUGACAGUGACGAACGAAAUUGGACCCGUUCAACAAUUAAUGACGAGCGGUCGAACGGGUAUAUACCGGUGUUACUCGCCCAACGAUGGUGUGCUAAUAACUUUUUUAAAUACAGAGUCUGGCGCGUACGAAGAUGAGUGGCAUCAACCUCGCGAUGUCCGACGUAUCGUUAAGAUUUAUGACGAGCCGCUGACAGGUACUGCCAGCAUUCAUCGUGUAGCACUGAAAACGGAGAAUGCUCUUUCCAUUUAUUACGCUAGAUGCGCGGUCACAGCGCUGCUUUGCUCUUUGACUUAUGAUAAAAAUUCCUCGCAAACACAAUUCGAGCCAAGCAUUUUGACUGGGAGAGCUGAAGAUUUCGAGCAGAAAUCUACGUCAGUGUCGUCUCCAUUAUCGAAUCAAAUACUAGAUAUCGUGGGUGGUCCGCGUCGUCUCGUUAAUCUUCUUAAGAUGGUGGCAGCGUCUGAAAUGCGAUACUCCCAACAUAUGGAAGUGGAGGCAAUGAAUAUCUUUCCAUGGACGGAUAACAGUAGUAGAUCAACUAUCACCAAGCAGCCAUUUUCUUUAAUUGCCAGUUUACAGAUGAUCAUACUGAAAAUUCUGCGUGAAGAAGCUCAAUCAGAUAAGGCCGGUCAAUCUACUGCAAGUCGCACCAAUGAUUUAACAUCAUCAAAUAUGCAUGAUUUUGAGAUUGGCGAAAGAGUCAAUGAUAAAAGUAAAGUGUCAAGUCAAUCUAUGACUGAUUCCAUUGAAAGUUUGCAGCCUAUUUCUCUGGCUACCAACCAAAAUCGCGGGAAUUGUUGCCAUGAAGAAAGCAAGAGCGAAGAGAGGUCGAGACAUUUACGAAUAGAGUCGACCGAACCGGAAGCUCAGCAGGGGAUAAUCGCUGACCUACAAGGCGAUGUGGAUAAUCAAGACGAGUUGCUUUCGAGUGUGCUAGUUCAGGAGUGUAUAAACCACUUUGCAGAUUCGACGCGGAUGGCCGGAGAUGGUGAAGUAUCAGCUGUCCAGGAGUUCCAAUCGUUACACCCAUACUUUGGUCGUUGUGAGUACGCUCGAGCUGUGAGCAUUGAUAGCUCAUAUCGCUGCCUACGUAUCAUAUUCGACCACCGCUGUCGGUUGGGGCCCAAUGCAAAAUUAACAUUUUUUGCAGACCCGGAGUGUGGCGAUCGUAUUGGCGUUGUAGAUUAUGUCAUGACGACAUCGGGUCAUCACCUUCCGGACUUAGUCGUCCAUUCACACCAGUUCUGGUUUCGCUUUACGGCUUCGGAAGAAAGUCUUUCUCAAGAUCAUGGGUAUGGCUACCGUUUCCAAGUAAAACCAAUGUCAAAUAUUCGCUGGACGAAAGAAGCUGAAGUGCAAACAAAUCCUUCACUAGAAUGGGCAUGUUGGGUACUGGAGCUGUUACUUAACGAUGCAGCUGAGCUGGUAGCUCAUGGUGCAGUGCACAAUCGCAAAAUUUUCAACGCACUUGUGCGUUACCUGCGUUCACCAGGAGCUCCGUUUAAAGGACGAGUUGUGCGCUUACUACAACAAUUGCUGCACCACCCUGAGCAGUUUCCCCCUGACGAGUUGCCAGAGCUAAAGUCCUUAGAAUCCAUCACUCAGUUGGCAUUAAGUCGUGCGGAGCUUGACAAAUUCAAUGGCAAAACGUUUUUGUCAGCUCGCUUGUUAGAGUUGGUGGAACUGUCGAUGAUGAUCUUCUCGGCAUCCUCCCUUUAUCGAAGUAAAAGCAAUGCUCCAGCACCAUUUCUAAAGAUCCCGAUCCAGCAGCCAAUAUCUUUUGAGCUCAAGCCUAUUUGUGACAGUCUCAACGACGUAUUUGUGCUUACAAAUUUUCUGCUUGGAAAAACAGCGCAUUUACCCCAGCAUAUAUUGGUUGCAAUAUGGCUUGAGGUUUACGGAUCUUCCACUAUCAUUGAGACGUCGCACCCAUAUAAAGUCAACACUACCAUAAGCGGUCUAGUGGCAUUUGAAGGGGCUCAGAAUCUUCGCUUAACGUUUGAUUCUCGCUGCUCACUUGCUGCAGGCCAAGGUCAAGGAAUUGCACGGCUAGAGCUGGCAACUUUCAGGCUAGAUCCGCAUCAAGGCGGUUCUAGAAAGGAAACUUUAAGCACCCGAACAUAUGCGGGGGAGAACGGGUGGCCUAAAGGUCCGAUCUCUUUUGAUGGUAACAACCUCGAGUAUUCUUUUCAUGCAGACGAGAAUGCAGGGGAUCAUUUUGGCUUUGCUGCUACAGUGACUGCAUUAGGUAUCUGCAAAGAGCUGCAAAUAUCUCGUGCAACGGUUCAAGAUAUGGAGCAGCUUCUUCAAAAGCUAGUAUCGCUGCAAACGGCGCGUAAUGAUACAAUUGAAGGGGAGCGCUGGACGCAAGAAAUGGAUUUGCAACUAGUGGACUGGGUAAAUAACCACGUGGAUUCUGCGGCGUUGCUGGCGUUGACCACCCCAGCAAGUUCGAAGCAUUCGUACUUUAAUCUGAGCCUUCGUCAUUGCUUGUCAUUUCUUGACCUACGGGACACAAAAUCAGUGUGGACGGUUGCACACCAGCUUCGACAGCUGAGCCAUUGUAUCUUUUUUGAUAUCAAGAGCACUCUCGUGGACGCUGCAAUCGAUGCGACAAGCGUUUCGGGAGAUACUAGCGGAAGCUCGCACCAGCAGACAGCGCGCAUAACACUAGACAGGAUGCAAGCACUAGAGUCCCAAGAUGAUCGUGAGGUUGAGCCGUCAGUGUCCGAGUGCUUCUUCGCACAAGCGUUUCGUCAGCUCCAUUCUGUCGACCCUGCACUAUUUAGACGUCAAAUCGACAGCAAAGGUCGGCUAUUCAGCGUCAAGUUCCGUGGUGAAGAAGGAGUGGACUGGGGUGGAGUUUACCGUGAAGGAGCCACCUCGAUGGUGGACGAUUUGUUUUCUCCACACUUCACCUUGUUUGUUUUGUGUCCUAAUGGCCAGCACGACACUGGGAAUAAUCGUGGUAUGUAUUUACCAAAUCCCAAGUGCACGUCUCCUGUUGCGAUGCAAAUGUUUGGUUUUGUAGGUCAGUUACUUGGAAUUUCUCUGCGUACGCACGGCGAUUUUCCCUUUAUGUUUCCAUCAUUGGUGUGGAAACAAUUGCUUGGUCAGACACUUGAUCGCGCCGAUCUUGAAGAUACCGACGCCAUGUUCAUUCAAAUGCUAGAUGGGAUUGCCAAUUGCGAAAACGAUGGCAUUUUAACAGAGGAAGAAUUUGCUGUUGCUUUUGCUGGCCUUGAGCUACGUUUCACUGCGUCAUCUUGCACAGGAGAGGAAAUCGAGCUCAUACCAAAUGGUCGUCUGCUUACAGUAGGUUUCGGCAACCGGAAAGAGUAUUGCCGCCUAGCAGAGCGUACCCGGCUGCACGAGUGCAGCGCACAGGUUGCUGCGAUGGCUCGGGGAUUUGCGACACUUUUUCCUCGUCGCGUUCUUACAGUGCUUACAUGGCAAGAGCUUGAAAUACUCGCGUGUGGCUCGCCUAAAAUUGAUUUGGCUCUCUGGCAGCGUCACACGCGCUACGACGGUUACACCGAAGAAGACGAGACCGUGCAGCUCUUUUGGGAGACUUUGUUCGCUUUGCAUGGGGUCGCAGUCGUCUUCCAAGAGGCAAAUGGCCACAACCUUUCAAAUUGUCCAAAAAAGGCGGUCGAGAUGCCACACGCAGCCUUCCGGUUGCUCACACAUGCUUCUUUUCAGUUGAGCUUCCACCUUACACAUCGCGCGAAAUAA